UAGGAACUCCUGUAACACAGGGAAGAGUAGGGAAGAAUCAGAAGGAGGAGGAGGAGAGAGUGAGUGAAGACGGAAGCUCGUCAGUGAAAGUUUUUCCCUGAUCUGUGUGACUCAGAGCUUCUUCACGCUGAUUGCGCAUAUAAAGCGCGCUGGAGAUUUGUGCGCCUCAGAAAAAGCGCUGUGGUGCCGUGAGGACGGAAUGGACGCCCUGCUCGAAAACCCGGUCUUCUCCUGCUUUGUGUUCUACAGCACACUGUUAAUCCUGAAGAUGUACACUAUUGCUGUCAUCACUGGACAAGUGAGACUGCGGAAUAAGGCUUUUGCUAAUCCAGAGGAUGCAGUGCGCCAUGGAGGAGAACAAUACUGCCGCACAGACCCAUUCGUGGAGCGCUGCAGAAGGGCUCACAAUAACGACAUGGAAAAUAUCUAUCCCUUCUUGUUUCUGGGUGCCUUCUACUCCAUGACGGGGCCAUCACUUGUUAUAGCACAAGGUCACUUCCUGGUCUUCUUCUUGGGUCGGAUCGUGCACAGCGUGGCCUACUUACUUGCUCUAAAAGCGCCAACACGCUCAGUAGCCUACACCAUUGCUCAAGUUCCCUGUGUCUCGAUGGCCAUACAGAUACUUCUCACUGUGGGCUUUUCUGUAUAAGGUUGUCCAGUUCUCUGACAGGCAGAACUCUUCAUUAAGUUGCUACUUUUUUUAAAUUAUUGAUAGCAUGAAGCCUAAAUAUAAUGUUUCCACACAGUCUGUUUGUGGGACAGUUAUAUUAACCAUUCACCACUGAACAAAGUUUAUCAUAAUGCUUUUAUGAUAAACUGUUAAGAUGGUAAAGGUCUGAUUUCAUUUAAUUUCAUUGUAUUUGUAGGAAGGCUGCAGUGUCAGGAGUCAAAUGAAGGUUUGAGUACGGCUUAGUGUCCUUAAACUGGUGGACCUGAAAGUUUCUCGAGAUGGUUUGCAAAAAAGCGUCCACUCAACAAUAUAUCCAUGCUUAAUAAUGUUAGCUAAUAUUACUGCUAGCCUUCCCAUAUUGUAAUCUUACAGGUGGGCAGUAACUACUGGGACUUAAUAUUUUGGAUGAGAAAUUCUGCUAGAAAUAAAGAUUAUGCAAAGUAAAAUUAAAACCUUCACCCACAUCGCAGCGUUAAAAACCCAGAUCAGUGUUUAUUGUGGUCUUCUCUGAAUCUUCCCAGAUAGCAUGCAAAUGUCAUCAUUUGUUCAUUUUCAAUAGUGGCCUUUCACAUGACAUCAUCAUAACUGCAGAUUUGUUUAUGCCGCCAUGUUGCCGGGCAAGCUUUGCGUCUGACAAUGACUGUCACCAGUGUACGCGAGUGAUUGUAACCCCAUUUCAGUAAACAUCUGCAGAUAACCUUGUAGAAGUUAUACAUAAAAGAACAAUUUCAGAGACCUGUAGUGCUUUUGGAUGGAAUAAUAGAUGUGGAGAUGAGCCUGGUUUAACUUUUCACCGAUUCCCGGCAAACCCAGAAAGACGAGAAAAAUGGUGAGCUGCAGUUAAACUGGAUGCCAGCAAAAUACGCCUUUGUGUGUGGAGAACAUUUUGUAUCAGGUUAGUGUGAAAGCUCUGUGCAACAUUAAAAUGUAUUUCUGGAUGUGGGCUUUGGACCCGAUAUAUUUUAUUAGACCCAAUGCUUGGCUAGAGUAGCAGCAUGUUUGUUAUGUACUGAUAAUAUAGAUUCAGCUAAACACCAUAAAAUAUGCUCAAUCUUGGCUUGUUUAUUACUAUUAGAAGUCCACGUUUGAGCUUACCUUUGUCAUAAUAAGGUAUUUUUCUUUAUCAGGAAUUUUCCAUAACAUUCCGGCAUGCAUGAAACCUGCCUUGAAAUACUGAUGGGCAUCUGUACUUUUUGUAUGCUUUUAGCAUCUCCAGUGUAUUUAGAAGUCCCAAAUACUAAAUAGUUCAGGAUGUCGUAGUGUCCCAAAUGUAAUGCGAUCUACCUGUAUAAUAUAAAUUUUUAAUCGUUUCAGAGAGAUUGUACUGACUGCAGUCGUCUCAGUUUUCAUUAUUAACUGUCAUAACUGUUUGUUUGCCCGGCAAUAUGGCAGACACUGCGUGAAAAACAAAAAUCUGUGACGUCAGUGAAAGGCCCCUAUAGUGUUUAUGCAUUGAGGGUUGCGGGGAAGCUUGAGCCAAUCCCAGCUGACUUCGGGUGAGAGGUGGGGUAAACUCUAGACAGGUCGACAGUCUAUUGUAGGGCAAACACGGAGAGACAGACAGCCGUUCACACUCACAUUCACAUCUACGGGCAAUUUAGAUUAGCCAGUUGACCUAAUCCACGUCUUUGGACUGUGGGAGGAAACCAGAGCACCUAGAGGAAACUCAUGCAGGCAAGAGGAGAACAUAGAAACUGCACACACAAAGGCCUCAGUCGAAGCCAGAACCUGCCUGCUAUAGAGUUGACUGCACUCACCACUGCACCACCGUG